AUGGGCAAUUCCGGCCUUAAACAGCAUUAUGAAACAGCAUCAAAAACGGGAGUUCUUCGGAUAUCUGAUCAUAAGUUAAAGGAAAUACCAGAAGAUGUCUUUAGUUUAUCGGAAAGUCUAAGGAAUUUGGACUUGUCUAAAAAUAAAAUAUCUCAAAUACCAGAAGAUUUAAGCUUGUUGAAGCUUUUAAAACAACUAAAUUUAAGCUCAAACAACAUUCAAAUUAUACCAGCUUCGUUGUCUAACCUUAAAAAACUAGAACUACUUAAUAUAUCUUUCAACUCCAUAUCAACAUUGCCAGACUCACUUUUAAAUUUAAGUAAUUUAAAACAAAUAUAUUUAAAUAAUAACAAAUUUAAAACAUUCCCUAAACAGCUGUUAGGCCUUCACAGCUUAGAAGUUAUAGACCUUUCCAAUAACAAGAUGACAGAAAUUCCUAGUGGCAUGUCAAAUCUUUAUGUAACAGAGUUAAAUGUGAGUCAAAAUGAGAUCUCUGCUUUAAGUGAAGACUUAUAUCUAGCACCAAGAUUAAAAAUUUUGAGAUUAGAAGAGAAUUGCUUAAGUCUCGAUGCUAUUUUACCAAGUUUGCUCAGAGAUUCCAAAAUUCAUACUAUUAAUGUAGAUGGUAAUCUCUUUGAACCAAAACAAUUAGCAUCUUUGGAAGGUUAUAAUGAAUAUACAGAAAGAUAUACAGCUAUGAAAAAGAAAAUGUUU